AUAUUACAAAAGCAAUGUAGUUAAUGAAAUUGAACACAGAAGCUAGAAACGGAAUAUUAAAACAGAGACGCAGGAAGCGCGUACACGUCGCAAUCACGUGACCAGCCUUCAACCAUUGUCCAACAUGGCCGUCUGUAUCGCCGUGGUAGCUAAAGAGAACUACCCCCUGUACAUCCGGAGUAUGCCCUCGGAGAAUGAACUGAAGUUUCAUUACACCGUACACACGUCGCUUGACGUGGUGGAGGAGAAAGUAUCAGCCGUAGGAAAAGUGCUGGUGGAUCAGAGAGAAUUGUACCUUGGUUUGCUCUACCCAACAGAAGAUUACAAAGUAUAUGGAUACGUAACGAAUUCAAAGGUGAAAUUUGUCAUCGUGGUGGAAUCAUCUAACACAUCUCUUAGAGACAACGAAAUCCGCAGUAUGUUUCGGAAGUUGCAUAACUCCUUCACGGAUGUGAUGUGCAAUCCUUUCUACAACCCCGGAGAUCCCAUUCAGUCAAAGGCAUUUGACAGUGUGGUGUCAUCCAUGAUGGUCCAGGCUUGCUGAAGACCUCUCUCAUCUGUAUAUACACUGUAUUUAAAGGUCUACCCCUUUCCCUUGAAGUAUUUUGUCUGUUUUUGAAAGUUGAAUAAAAAUGCUUGUGUUCUAAUAAA